AUGAUGGCUGCGGGAGGCGCCACUGGAGGGCGCCAGGAGACGGCCACGUCGCGGCAGCAGCGGAGAGCGUGGGCCAGGGCCUCGGCGGACAGGCUCGUGCAGCGCCUCACCGCGCAGGUGGAGGAGCUCAGUGCGGGCCUCGAUGCGGCCCUGGAGGCGCUCGACGCGGUGACCGAGCGCGACGGCCUAGCGGACCGCCUGGCGGCUUGCGCGCCCGCGUUGGUCGCCCUGCUGGCGGGUCGGAGCCCGACGGCGCUGCAGCGGCUGCGGCGCAACGUCGCCAUGCAUGCGGCUCGUGUGCCAGGCAACCUGUGCUGUGCCCCCGCGGCCGCCUUGCGGCAGGCGGCGAGAGGGCCCAGGCUCGGGGCCGUCGCGGCCGCGGAUCGCGCGGGCGAGGACGUGGAGUCGGACUUCAAGGUGGAGAUCUGUGUCGAUGAGCUGGGGGCCGCCUGCAGGCGCUCGGCAGUGCCGCGCGAGGUGCCGAACCCUGGUGCCGACGUGCACGCGCUGCUGGGCUGGCUGGCGGCGGACUGCGCAUCCACGGAGGAGAAGCAGGUCGUCGGCCAGUUCGACUUCGAGAGUGGAAGGGCUGGUCACGUGCUCAUGCCGCUCGCGCCGAGGAUGUGGCUCCCGCUGGAGACGCUCCCGCAUGCCGAGGCCUUUGUGGAGGGCCUGGAGGCGGGGUGGCGGCUGGCGGAGCGCAGAGCCGCGGCGGGUGGGAAGGAGGACGUGGACGCCCCGAACGGCGAGACGAACGAGGACGACGACGAGCUGCAGGGCGUCUCGGAGGAGGUCUGCGAGCUCGAUGACGACGACGGCGGCGAGCUCGACGAGGGCAGUUCUUGCGUGGAGCUGGACGCCAUGUCAGAGAGCGAGCUCGAGAGCGACUUCGAGGUGGAGCGCACGGUGCCGCUGGAGGGGCUCCACGUGCAGCAGACCCCGAAGGCGCAGCGCUGGGCGAUGGCGCUGGCGAGAGCGAAGGUGGAGCCCCACGACACGGUGGAUGCGAAGCUGGAGCCAGACGUCAGCUUCUGCACGGAGCUGCGAAUGGUGAAGCUGGAGUGCACCGUGAAGCAGACCCCGAAGCGGAAGCGGCCUGCGAGCGCGAAGCUGGAGUCCCACGAGACGGGGGAUGCGAAGCUGUGGCCCGACGCCAGCUUCUGCACGGAGCUGCGAACGGUGAAGCUGGAGUCCACCGAGAGGUUGGGGGCGCAGCUGUGCUCGAACAUCAGGCCGUUGCUGGAGAUUGGA